GUGCGCAGCGUCAAGUCCACCGCAAGAUGUGUGUCCACGUUGGCCUACCUGACGACCAUCAAGGCAGACCUCCUGUUUCUGCAGGAGUGCGGGAUACCGCAUCUCAGCAGUUGGUGUAUGUACCCCCUGGGUAACCUGGAGUGGCUUGCAUGACUGGGAGCCUGGUCUGUGCCCAAUCAAGUAUGUCAAAUUAACUUUCUGCUUCUGCAGAUAGGCGUUUAAGUUUAAUCAGACUCUUUGGAUACGAUGCACUAUACUGGAUCAGAAGGCAGGACUUAAAAACUGUUGUGUCUUAUUGCUGAUCGUUGAAGAUCUCAGGGGGAUACCAGUUAAUGGCCGAAUCAGAUCAAAGACGAUAUCCAGUCACAGGAUUCAUUCUUGUUGGAUUUCCAGAACAUCAAGAUUUACAGUCACGCUUGUUGUCCCUGUUUCUUACAGUAUAUGUAUUAAUAGUUCUUGGGAAUAUUUCUAUGUUGUACAUGGUUACAACAGACAAGCGGUUGCAUGUACCAAUGUAUUUUCUUGUUGCUAAUUUGGCAGCAAUGGAUGUGGUGUUAACAAGUUCAGUCAUUCCUCAGAUGUUAGUGAAGCUUGUAUUCAACAUUAAAGUUAUUCUGUGGAGUAACUGUUUCAUCCAAAUGUAUUUCUUCCACAGUAUAUCGGCAGCGAAGACAUUGCUGCUCACUGUGAUGGCUUAUGAUCGUUCAGUUGCAAUAUGCAACCCCCAACAUUAUUUGUCCCUCAGAAGAGAUGCUUUUUUUGUCAAAUUGGCGGGUCUUACCUGGGUACUAGGAAUGGCUUCUUUCUUGCCUCCAAUAGUUUUAACUUCUAUUUUUCCAUUUUGUGGUCCAAAUGAAGUUUACAAUUCUUUUUGUGAGUUGCUGUCAGUAAUGAGCCUAAUUUGCGCAGAUACAAUCUCUGUUAAAUUUAUCAAUUUAAUUUUAAAUGCGGUAUUUGUCAUUUUAAGUUUUCUUACUAUUCUCUGGUUUUAUAUUAAAAUAUGUAAAUUGGUAAAAGUUGCCUCCUCAGAACAGAGAAAGGUUUUAGCCACCUGUAUAGGCCAUCUGUUGGUCCUUAGCUUAUUUUUCCCCUCCAUGGUCCUUUAUUCUGCGUUAUUCUAUGUGAGUCACAGCCUCCCAAUUAUUCAUAUAGCCUUUGCUCUUGUGUAUGUUACUUUAAGCCCUUUAUUGAGUCCAAUUAUUUAUAUUCUAGCAGCCAAGGAAAUAAGAGAUAAGGUUGCUAAAUUCAUCAGAGUACAAAAGGUAUUUCCUAAUGUUGGAAGCACUGUUGCUGUUGAGAGCCAUUGAACUGAAUUGAAGAAUCAUUGACGUCGUGAUCAUACUUGCCGUAUGUUUUUCAUCUUUGUUCAUCGCAGCUGAAAUAACAGCUUUAUUUUCUGUUAGUAUCAAAUUGAGCCAGCAUGAUUUGGAACAGCGUGGGUUCUGAGGAAGGGUCAUCGGACCCAAAACGUUAACGCUGUUUUCUCCUCCACAGAUGCUGCCAGACUCUCUGAGCUUUUCCAGCAGCUUUGCUUUUGUUCAUGGUUUGGAACAAGAUAGUUGAAUAUUGGGAAAUAAAAUUCACAAUUUUGCAUUGAUCGUACAAGAAAUAGCUUAUUUCCAUUGAGCCUUUGUUAAUCUUAGUAUGGCACAGAGCACUUUACAGCCAAUUAACUACUUUCAAAGGGUGGUAGCCAACUUGUGCACAGUAGAUCACCUAAAACACUAAUGUGAUCAUGACUAAGUAACCCAUUUUAAUAACCAUUGUUUAAAAGCUUCAUCAGUGACCUUUAUAAGCCUGAGUGUGUGCAGUUAUUCAGCAAGGAAGCCUAUUUUUUUAUU